AUGGCCAGCUACUGGAUCUUCCCGAACCUGCGAUCUUUCCGUCACCGCCUUAUCAUCGGACUUGCGACCAGUGACUUUCUCAUGGCUUUCAACUUCAUCUGCUCGACAACGAUGAAUCUUAGCGGCAGACUUAUCGAUGAUCCUGAACAAACCGACUUUUGUAAGCUCAACGGCUUCAUGGCUCAGGUAUUCGUCAUCCAAACCGACUAUUGGGUCCUAAGCAUCGCCAUUUGUACGUUUUUUAUCCUGACUGGCCAAAGAAAGCGAGCCAGCUGGGUGCAGAACCACGAAGUCGUCAUCUGGGGACUUCCGUGGUUCUUCUCGGUCUUAUGGGCUUCUGUGGGCCUCGGUUUGGAUGGCUACCACAGCAUCGGGGCUUGGUGCUGGUUCAAGUCGGACAAAACGAGGCUGCUCGCCAACUUCGUUCCUCGAUGGAUAAUCAUCACCAUCAUGUUUGCGCUAUAUGCAUACCUCGCCCUCAUUCUUUUCAGAGCUCAGAACAGGUUAAGUUCGAUGCAGGAGUCUCCCGGGCAUCUAGAGUCCGGUUACUCGACACAAGAUGGGAGCAGGGCAGCAAGCACUCACGAAGGACUGGAAGGCCGAUCCAUGAUUGCUCGCCUGUUACUUUUGUAUCCGCUCGCGUAUGCCAUCGUCUGGACUAUCCCAACUGCCAUCCGGAUAUACCAAGCAAGUACGAACAAGCCGGCACCAUUCGCAUUGCAAAACGUCGACCAAGCUUGCAUCGUGAUCCAGGGACUUGUCGACGCCGUAAUUUACGGUAUGAACGAAACAUCAGUAGCAAGCUAG